AUGUUCCCAUCGUGUUGUUCUAAGACCGCGGACAGCGGCGCUAAACGGAGCUCCAUCGCUAAGCUGCUGCUCGGGGUCUUUGUGGUUUAUAUGCUCCACACCGUCUGGCUGCUGUGCGGCUUCCUCAACACCAAACCCUGCGAUGGAGGCAGAGGAGAGCACUGCAUCGCCUCCUACCUGACAGCGAGACCCAGACUACAGCUGAGUGUCUUCACCUGCCUCGUGCCAGACAACAGCCAACUCCACCUCGCUGUGAAGAUAGACCCAUUUGACCCUCACUCUACAUUUGAAAGGCAGGUGAAUGUCUCUCUGCCACAGGAGACUCGAGCUAAUGGCACAUUGUAUGCGGUCGUAUAUGUUCACAAAGCUGGUGUGUCACCUCUGGAGGACAGCAGAGAAGUCCACUACGCAGCUCAGCUCACCACUUACAUCAUUCCCACCCACGCUGAGGGGCAGAGAGACAAGCAGAAGAGGCCCAGUCCCAGAUCAGAGAAUCCUGUAUCCCACUGGAGACCACACCUGUCAAUCACUAUGAUGUCAGAGGACUUCACCUUCAACAAGGCGGGGCUUCCUAGUGAUGUGCGGCGCUACAUGAGAGUCUCUCAGGAUGGCCGACAGAUGAUCUACCUCCCUCUGCUGCUGGUUAAUGAGCUCAGUUUCAGAGUCAGAGACCUCGUGGAGAUCAGCAGCAGCACUGCCCAGCUCCCUCUGACGGUGUCCUACGAGGGAAUCUCUUUAAGGGGAUUCAGGUUCUGGGUGCAUCUACAGGACGUUGUUUAUUCCCUUCGACAGUUUGGCUUCACAGAGGAGAACAUAGAUGAGAUUAAAGAGACGUUGGUGGGCUCCAACCUCUACCUGUUAGUGCUGACUGCACUCAUGACGGCUCUACAACUCAUCUGUGAAUUCUUGGCUCUUAAAAAUGACUUCAGCUCGUGGAGAAAAAAGAAGAGCAUGGCGGGAAUGUCCAGGAAGUCUGUUCUGUGGCGUAGUCUCAGUACUUUGCUGAUUUUCCUCCAUCUGCUAGAGGAGACCAGCCUACUGGUGCUGCUUCCUGUUGGACUGGGAGCGUGUGUAGAGGUGUGGAAAGUGUUCAAAGUGUUUAACAUCCAGCUGCAGUGGAAAAGCUCCAGACUCUACGUAAAAAAGCUGGAUGAAGAAGAAAGAAAGACAGUGGAGUACGAUACACAGGCGUCCAGAUACUUGUCCUACUUGGUCUAUCCUCUGUGUAUCAGCGGAGCUAUUUUUUCACUGGCCUAUUUGCGCCAAAAGAGUUACUAUUCCUGGUUGAUCAACAGCCUGGUGACCGGAGUGUAUGCCUUUGGCUUCCUGUCUAUGGCCCCGCAGCUCUUCAUCAACCACAAGCUGAAGUCUGUGAGCCACCUGCAGGGGACAGUGUUGAUGUACAGAGGAGUGAACACGCUGAUCUCAGAUCUGUGCUCCUGUGCCUCCCUUUUCUCCUCUUCUGGAUCCUUCUCCUCCUCACAUCAACUUUCCUGCUUCAGAGACGAGCUCCUCUUCUUCCUCUACCUCUACCAACGAAGGUGCUACACUCCCAAGGCCAGGAGGCGAGAGUCUGGGACCCACAGCAAGAAACUAAAGACUCAAUGAGAAGAAUUCUUCUCCUUAUUUUUUUCUGAAAUGAAUACACAAACACACAAAAACCCAUCUUUGAAACGACGCUGAAGUUGUGAAACAGACACUCAGACAGGACACUUGGCCAGGUGUGCCAUAGCAGCUUUAGACUGAUCCAAGAUGAGCUGUUCUGCUUCUGACUCUUCACUGCUGUACACUGACGGGGCUGCUGUUUGUUGCUCGGCAUCAGUGAAGAUUCCCCUUUACUGCUACCAUGACUGAACUCAUUCCCAUACAGACACUCUCUGCUUCACAUAUUAUGC